UAAAAAGACAUAACCAAAGAUAAUUGCGUCAAUAAACUUGACAAUGUCAAAUAAUUUUAUUUUGCAAAAUGUUGCAGUCUUUAAGACAUUACGGUGAAGUACACCAAAAACUUGUCACAUGCGUUCGACACUUGACCACCACAGAGGUUUCAACAGCUUUAAGACCCUUCUAUUUCAAUGUACAUCCAGAUCUGUUUGGUCAAUAUCCUAGUCAAAGAGCCAUAAAUGAAAAUUCGCUCAAGCAACUAAGUUCAAUUAUGGAGAUGUUACAAGCCAAGCGUUGGAUUAAACCUGCAAGUUUACAAUUCUAUCUGAGAGACAAAAAAUGCGAAGAAGGCACUUUCCGUUUGAUCAAAAUCUAUAUAAGUGAACGUGAUAUUCGCGAAGCUGUGUUAACAAUACUUCGAGCCUGUGAUUUACCUACCGAAUACGUAGAUAAAAUACCCAAACCGCCCGAACCCAAAAAAGAAACCGUCAGAAUCAACACCAACAACAUAGAUUUUUCAAAAGUGAACGAAAAUGACCCGAUUUUUGGCCCAAUUGUCAUGCGACAAAAAAUCAACGAGGCCAAGGAAGCCCUCAAAUUAAAAAACUGGUUAGUUAAGAAUUACCAAAGUGCCUUAGAAAAAUUAGAAGCUAAUCGUCCUUUGCGAGAGGAGGUCGACCGUUUACGAAAAAAAAUCGCACAACAGUGGAAAUUAACAGACGUUCGCUGGGACUGCGGCUGGAAUGUUACCCACUUUCGGGGCUGUUUGCAAAGCUUUAUGUCUCUGGCUGAACAACACCCGGAAGUCAUGCAUGUUUUGAAAGACCGUACCCUCGUUUUCGCCCCUUUUACAGGGAUCAGUUUAGAGGGACAUAUUAUGCUCAACAGUGGGGAAGUCAGACACAAUUGGCUCGAUUUGAUAAAAAAUGUAAGAAGUCACGAUAAAAUUCUUUUCCGAAUACCCGGCUUUGAAAAAUCGGUCUCGCAGGUUUUACGCGGAAUCAAAGUCGGCAGGAGAAAAUUUAUGCCGAAAGUUUUGGCCGGGGAAUACGAACGGAAUUUGCAACAAAUUACAACUUCUUUAAGUGAUUACAGGGGAAGAAGGGGGUUCCCUAAGCAGUGGCCACAAUCACUAGAAGAAUUUGAGAUUGUUGUUGAAACGGAAGCUGGACCGUUGAUGGUUUCUCCCACUGGUCAAUUUAUUGUCCCGUCUUCACUACCUGGAUUCUUAUUGGUCAAUUUUAUUACAACAAAUUUAGAACAUGCCAAGGAAAAAAUGACAGAAUAUAAAAACAAUAAAUACAUAGAACGUUCUUUGCAAAAACAAUGUAUGGAUGAAUUCAAAUUAUUUAAUCUUGGGAAAGAUGAUAAUGUAACUCCAGAUCUAAUGAUUAAAUGCUGUGAGCGCCUUUUAGAGAAAAAAAUUGAUAUAGAACAAUAUUUAAGCGGUAUACAUUUAAAUGUAGCUACUUAUUACUCUGUUCUUUCAGAUGGAGUUGUUUGUAUACCUUGGAAUUGGAAGUUGUGAUAGAUAAGAUGUAAAAAAGAAACAGAAAUCACUAGAUAUAAAAUUUAAAAGAAAACAUUAAUUGGUAAAAUUAUGUGAUAAGAAAUAAAUCUCAUUGCAAAGC